AUGAUUGAAAGCGAAGAAGAAUUUGAAAUAAUCCAAAGAAAAGAAAACUUAGUUGAUGAAAUAUAUAUACAAAAUGAAAUCGAUAAAUUGAAUAUAGACGAAUUAAUAAAGCCUAAACAAAAUCAUGCAUUAAAAAAAGUUAUACAAACAGAUAGAGAUAUCGUUAUGAAUUUAGAUGACAAAAUAAGUAAAUUACAAAAGUCAUGCCAAUAUGGAAAACAAGUAUCAAAAAUCAUAAAUUUUAAAGCAGAAAGUUUAAGUACUAUUUCUUUAAAGGACAAACUAAAAUUAAUAUUAGAUACAUUUGUAGAUAUGUUUUCUGAAUGUCGUGAAACAAAUACUGAAUUUCAACUUAAUGAUGAUGAUAAUAGUUUUAUACAUAAUAAUAAUAUCGUAAAACCAACUAUUAGUUUUAUAAAAAUAUCAAAAUAUUUUAGUAUAAAUACAUUACCAUUUUGUUCAUUAAACUAUGAUACAAUUCCUUUAAAUCUUUUUAUUAGUGAUGAAAAUAAUUUUACUAUUGAAACAAACAAAAAAAAAAACUAUAACAGAACUAAACAAUCUAACAAUAAUUACAAAAAAUUAAAAGAUUAUACAUAUGAUAAUGAGCCUGAAGUAAAAUUGGAAACUUAUGAACAAUCUAUGAAACUUAAAUAUAAAUUAAAUCAACUUGAAAAAAUUCAAAAAAAUGUAAAAUUUUUUAAUUUUAUUAUUGAUUGUGAUCCAAUUAAUGGAUUUAAUGAAACAACAUUUCGUUUGUUUUUGUUUACUUUACUUGUAUCAAAAGGUCAUGUAGAAUUUUAUAAAAACACAGAUGGUAUUCUAUGCAUUAAAUCAUGCGAAACACUGGACCCAAAUAAUGAAAAUGAUGGUGAUUUCACACACAAUUAUUCACACGCAUUGGAAGGAGAAUUAAAAAAAAAAAAAAAAAAACAAGCCUUACUUACAUCGUGGUCUUAUAAUAAAUGGGAACAGUUAGUUAAUCAAAUAAAUAAAGAAUCAUGA